AUGGAGACCGCGCAGGAGCUGCAGAAGUACGCGGCCGAGACGCACGUCUACGGGCGCCUGCGGCCGCUCCCGGGCGGCAAGAAGAAGGGCGUGCGCUUCGCGUACGAGACACACUACGUCGGCGACAUCCGCGCUGGGAGAACCACGAUCUUGGACACCUACCUGCUGAAGAGUCUUGACACCUUCGACUUCAGCGUUUUCAAGGAUCAGCGACUGGCGGUGGUCCCGUGCCAAGGCACCCGGCUGUGCAUGUGGAUGGUUGAAGAUGAGGAUUGCGCCGACGACCGUUGCAAGGAGGCGUACCAUUCGGGGGGGCAGGAGCUGAACUACUGGGUGGACAUCGGCAGGUUCCCUGCCAACUCCAGCCUCUCUUUGCAUGCGCGGCAGCUGUUGCAGGAGCAUUCCGCAAAGCAGGGGACGCAGUAUGAAAUGUCACGAGUAGGAGCUAAAGACUAUUUGCCCGAAGACGCUCCAGGAAAGAGCCGAACAAUGGAGCUGAGAGUGAAAAUGGGUAUCGACGAGGCUGUCUUCCAGAUCGAAUGGGAGGAGCUGCGCGUCACAACGUCUCUGCUCCGCGAGCGCCCAGCGCUCAUGGACGCCCUGACGACGUUGAGGAUCGAUCACGGGCUUGAUCCUGGACGGUUCCCCAUGGACAACAUUAUCCGUGCCUACGGCUGGAUAAUGGACACCUCGAUCUUCGACAAGUCCGUGCCAGUGAAGACAUCUCAUGCUGGGAAGUACCCCAAGAUCACGCCAGGCUACGAGCUAGAGGGCGUGCCUGGACUCUACGUGGCAGGCACUCUGACGCACAGCCUGGACUUCCGCAGGUCGGCCGGGGGGUUCGUCCACGGAUUCCGGUACACCGCGCGCGCCCUGUUCCGGUUCUUGGAGGAGAAGAACCACGGCGUGGCGUGGCCGAGCACGCCCAUCAUUUUGCACGCUCCCAGCGCGGACGCCGGCCCCUGCACUGGGCUCGACGAGCUCUUGCACAAGCUGAGCAACCGCAUCAACGAGGCCUCUGGCCCUUACCAGAUGUUCCAGACGCUUGGCGACAUGGUGGUGUUCGAGGCAGAUGCGGAGAGCGGCUCCUGGACUGCCCGCUACAUGGAGGACGUGCCGCUGCCCAUAUUCGAGGAGCGGUACCGCAGCCAUCCCAGGCUGACGUGGGUGUUCAGAUAUGGCGAGGGCUUCCACGGGAAGAAGGUCCUCGGCCCAGACCGUGUGGGCGCGACGAACCCAGAAUUUGCUGAGAUGUCGAAUUUCCUGCAUCCCCAGCUCGCCUUCAAGCCGGCGGGCAAGGACGAGGCCUCCAAGAACCACUGGCUCACCGAGGAGAUCUUCACCGACUGGGGCGCGUCCAGCUACUUCGUGCCCCUCGGGAGGUUCGUGGCCCGCGCCGUGGCCGCGGCAACGGGCGUCGACGCCUUCCGCAAGGACGGCGCGUUCUCCCUG